GCUUAAGAGGACAACAACUUCUCUCCUUUGUUUCAAAUAUGGGGAAAAUGGCCUCUCUAUUUGCCACUCUUUUUGUGGUUUUAGUUUCACUUAGCUUAGCUUCUGAAAGCUCAGCAAAUUAUCAAUACUCAUCUCCACCACCACCUAAGAAGCCAUACCACCCUUCACCAACACCUUAUCAUCCUGCACCAGUUUAUAAAUCUCCACCACCACCAACUCCAGUUUACAAUUCACCACCACCACCCAAGGAGCCACACUAUCCACCACACACGCCUGUUACACCGCCAACUCCAGUUUACAACUCACCUCCACCACCCAAGGAGCCACACUACCCACCACACACCCCUGUUACACCGCCAACUCCAGUUUACAACUCACCUCCACCACCUAAGGAGCCGCACUACCCACCACACACCCCUGUUACACCGCCAACUCCAGUUUACAACUCACCUCCACCACCCAAGGAGCCACACUACCCACCACACACCCCUGUUACACCGCCAACUCCAGUUUACUCACCUCCACCACAUAAGAAGCCGCACUACCCACCACACACCCCUGUUACACCGCCAACUCCAGUUUACUCACCUCCACCACAUAAGAAGCCACACUACCCACCACACAUCCCUGUAACACCGCCAACUCCAGUUUACAACUCACCUCCACCACCUAAGGAGCCGCACUACCCACCACACACCCCUGUUACACCGCCAACUCCAGUUUACUCACCUCCACCACAUAAGAAGCCGCACUACCCACCACACACCCCUGUUACACCGCCAACUCCAGUUUACUCACCUCCACCACAUAAGAAGCCACACUACCCACCACACAUCCCUGUAACACCGCCAACUCCAGUUUACAACUCACCUCCACCACCUAAGGAGCCGCACUACCCACCACACACCCCUGUUACACCGCCAACUCCAGUUUACUCACCUCCACCACAUAAGAAGCCGCACUACCCACCACACACCCCUGUUACACCGCCAACUCCAGUUUACUCACCUCCACCACAUAAGAAGCCACACUACCCACCACACACCCCUGUAACACCGCCAACUCCAGUUUACAACUCACCUCCACCACACAAGAAGCCACACUACCCACCACACACCCCUGUAACACCGCCAACUCCAGUUUACAACUCACCUCCACCACCUAAGGAGCCGCACUACCCACCACACACCCCUGUUUACAAGUCGCCACCACCGCCAACUCCAGUUUACAACUCACCGCCACCACCUAAGGAGCCGCAUUACCCACCACACACCCCAGUUUACAAGUCCCCACCACCACCCAAGGAGCCACACUACCCACCACAUACCCCAGUUUACAAGUCACCACCACCACCUACUCCAGUUUAUAAGUCCCCACCACCACCCACAAAGCCACACUACCCACCACACACCCCAGUUUACAAGUCGCCACCACCACCAGUGAAGCCAUACCAUCCUUCACCAACACCAUACCAUCCUGCACCAGUAUAUAAGUCUCCACCACCACCUACUCCAGUCUACAAGUCUCAUCCACCACCCCACUAUCUUUACACUUCUCCUCCUCCUCCCUACCAUUACUAGAAGAAGACUUCAUUCUUCAUUAAGUUUGAGGACAAGCAGAAUGGUCAGCCAAGAGAAAUGCAUUUUCAUUUUCGAGAGACAAUGAAAAUGUCGCACGAAAAGGAAGAAGACAAAAGAGUAAACAAUAAGCCCCACAGAUGGCGAAGUUCUUUUGUAGCUUCAUGUUUUAUAAGUUAGUGAUAUAUUUGUACCCUAUUUAUAUUUUCCUUCUAUGCCUUUGUGUGUGUUUCCUCAGUUUCGAUCUCCUUGCAAAAUGCAGAGAUUAUGAGAUGAAUAAAAUAAGUUAUUAUUAUA